AUGACCAGCAGCUCUCCAGGAAUCCUCUCGGACUCUAGCACCAGAUUUGGACUCAUGAGGCAUCCAGCCUUGUGGAUUGAACAACUCACCGGUUCUUGGCCUCUCCAGUCACUAAAGAGAGUGGGUCCUGAACAUCACGUGGGCAACACACUACAGCUGGCUCUGGGCAUGGUGGGUGCAGGGGGCGGGGCGAGACGCGCGUGUGAGGCCAAGGUACCUCGAGCGUUUGUGCGCCGUGGCUCGCGCUCUCAGGAGGCGGCGCUGUGCUGUGGUACAGACCUCGGGGCGGCGUUGUCCGCGCGGCCAGGCACCUGGGAGGGUGAAGGCGAGAGGCAGAUGACGACGCUGAACACAGGCUCUACAAGAAUCUCCAUAAUGAACGGAUCCAGUGUGGCAAGUACAUCACCCAGUGUGAAAUGCAAAGAGGACCAAGGGUUAAAUGGACAUGAGGAGAAAGAAAACCCUUUUGCAGAAUACAUGUGGAUGGAAAAUGAAGAGGAUUUCAACAGACAGGUGGAGGAAGAGCUGCAGGAGCAAGACUUCUUGGACCGAUGCUUCCAGGAGAUGCUGGAUGAAGAGGACCAGGACUGGUUCAUCCCAGCACGAGACCUGCCUCAGGCUGUGGGACACUUACAGCAGCAGUUAAAUGGACUAUCAGUUGGUGACAGUCAUGAAUCUGAAGACAUUUUGAGCAAAAGUAACCUGAAUCCAGAUGCCAAGGAGUUUAUUCCAGGAGUGAAGUACUGAGCUGUUGGAAGCUUCCAGAAGGACUUGUCUUGUCCCCGUACCUGGGGCCAGCAAUGCACAAAAAGGCGGAGCUGAAGGGGGGUGGCAAGGGUGUGCAGCCAGGGUGGGUUGGGUUGGGAAGGUGGCUUAACUGGAUAUUGUGACUGAGUAACUAAUGUGCGAGGUACUACUCUCCAAGCCUGAGCAUGGCUCUUCUCUUGUGCUGACUUGCUCAGAGCAGUUUCCAAUUUUACUUUAUUUUUGAUGAGCUCUUUGGAGUUAAGGAACUGCAGUUGUUUUUCCCUUGUAAGGAAUGUUGUCUGCAUUUUAGCAAAAUAAGCUGACCAAGAAAAACAGUAUUUAAGAAAUAAUUUUCCCUGCUGUGUACCUACCAGGAGCAGGGUACCUGGAGAGUUUAAGGAGUUUGCAGCUGGGUAGUAGAGGGAAAAACAGGAGAUACAAACCAGAUACAGCACUCAGCUCCCCUUCCCCUGACAUUUCCAUGAUGAACUGGGAUACCAGUGGCCCAUAAAGCUCUUGUCUCCUGUCCUGAACUCAAGAGAAAACAGAUUUGAAAGUUCUUGGAUGAAUGUAACUUUGGAUGGAUGUGAGUUGUACGUCAGGAAAGCAGGGCUUGAUGGUGACUCAUUUAGUGACUGCUGUCCUGUCCUCAGUAUGUAGCUGUU